AUGUUGUGCACUGGGUUAGAGAACUGCCUGAAUCGAAAUUGGAGUGGAUUGGAGGUAUAUGGGGUGAUGGUGGCACUAACUAUGCUGAUUCACUAA